GGCCGAUUUCAAAUAAUUCUAACUUGCUGAAGAGUGCACCGAAUUAAUUAGGAUUCUUCUAAGAUACAAUGGCUGGGCGAGGUAAAUUAAUAGCUGUUAUAGGCGACGAAGAUACGUGCACCGGGUUUCUUCUCGGAGGGAUUGGAGAGCUGAAUAAGAAUCGUAAACCCAAUUUCUUGGUGGUUGAGAAGGACACCAGCAUCACAGAGAUAGAAGAGACCUUCAAGAGUUUCCUCGCUCGCAACGACAUCGGAAUCAUCCUGAUUAAUCAGUUCAUUGCAGAAAUGAUUCGUCAUGCAAUAGACGCCCACAUGCAGUCCAUUCCUGCUGUGCUGGAGAUCCCUUCUAAAGAGCAUCCAUAUGAUGCCUCCAAGGAUUCAAUCCUACGUAGGGCCAAGGGCAUGUUCUCUGCAGAGGACUUCCGAUAAAUCUCCACCGUGCUGGAUUACUGCUUUGGUUAGGCAAGUGAUGGCAGAGUGGGAACCUUUUUUCAGCUUAAUUGUUCAUGUGGUAUGUAAAAUUGGGUACUAGAUGGAGAGUAGCUGGUGCUUUGUUCCUUCAUAACUUAUACCAGACCCCUCUCAUCUGUCCCACCUUAUCUUCUAUCACUUAACUUGACCAGAUUCCAAAAAGGUUUACCACUGUUGAUAAUCUGUAUUGAACUGUCUUUAGCAAUCGUUUUGUUGUUUGUUGUGCAGAGUGAUGUCUGAUUAAAGUAAUUUCUUAUUACCAAAAUAAAUAUAAUGUUUCUGUGAUUCAUUUAAUUGUGAAUUGCUAUCAAUAAUCGUUAUUCAAAUGCUAGAAUAAUAUUUAUAGAAUUGGAUGUUUACGUUUGAAUUAUAAAUAUGUGUGCUUGGUUUGUAUUGAAACACUGAGUUAAAUAUCUUUUAUGUUGCCAUUGCAUUGUUCAAAUGGGGCUUUUUUGUUCACUUGUUCUGUGGUUUUAAUCUGUUUGUGGAUUUGAAACACAGGAGAGGUCCACUUCAUAUAUACUAUUUCCUGUGUUGCCUCGUCUCAGUCAAAAUAAGUGUAAUCAUUAACAUGGAGGGAAGCCACAGAAUAAUGUAUGUGUGUGGACUUUUGUUCAGCAUUUCAAGAAGACCUCAUGUCACAGUGAAUUGUAUUUAGACCGAAUGUGUUAAAUUAUAAAUG